CAGAGCGACGCAGCGGCCGUCAAGAGAUCGCCAGCACUGAAGGCGAAAGCCAAGCACUCCGUGGGAGCGCCAAAACCUCCUUCGGUCACGCGACGUAAAGAAGAGCUGCUUAAGGCUGACGCUGCAGCCACAUCACUACGCUCUCCUCGGAACAAAGGAGAAAGACAAGCUGACUCGACGGCAUUGCCUGCUACGAGAGACUUGAAGGGAGCUCCUGCCA